GGCGGGCGGGGCAUGAGCCGCCCGGGAGCACGACAGGUUCUCAGAGGUACCUGGAUGAAACAGGUCUGAGCCAGGUUGAGGCAAAUAGGACCUGCUGACCUCAAAGGCCACUGGCCCUGCUGCUGGUGGUGAAGGACGUACCCCACCCUCUCUCUAUCUCGGGAAUCCUCCAGGGGAUGUCCAGCUGAAUGACUGCCUGAGCCCGGAGGGCCUCCGAGGGAGCAUCGGGCCAGCUCCCGGUGACCUCUGGGCUUGUGUCCCGGCCAGGGACUGUGGCCCAGAGUCGGCAGAGGAGGACAGCCCAGCCUGGCCCCUUCUCCCUCCUUUCGUUGUCAUCGAAGCCCCCCCAUUCGCCACGCUGCAGUGCGGCCCGCCCGCCCCCCGGCGCCUCCCCCCUUCCCCGCCGGGCCCUGCCCUGCCGCCCCCCUGUCCCCGGGCUCUUCCGGCCCCCGGCAGACGGCGGACAGCCAUGAAGCUGCAUGCAGUGAUGGAGAAUCUCCUGCAGCGGCAGCAGCGGGCCCGGCAGGAGAUGGAGGCCCGGCAGCAGGCACCAGAACCGCCAGGGCCCACUCCACCACAGGGCUCUGGGGCCGGCGCUGAGGAUGGUGAGCCAGAGAGCGUGCGAAUGCAGCGGGCCCAGAUGGCAGCCUUGGCAGCCAUGCGGGCAGCGGCUGCCGGCCUGAGCCACGCCCCGAGCCCUGGAGGCUCAGAGGGGAGUCCAAUGUCUGGUGAUGAGGAGGAUGAGGAUGAGAUAGAAGAGGACGAGGCCGCCCAGGUCCCGCCUGCUCGGGCAGAUGAGCCAGCCCAGGGGACAGAGGGCAGCCGUGGACACUUCCAGGAGCUGGUCUCAGAGGAGGAAGAGGAGAUGAAACAGAAAUGGGAGGAAGAAGAUUUUGAAGAAGACCCUGGAGAGGAGGAGGAGGAGGAGGAGGAGGAGGAAGAGGAAGAAGAGGAAGAUGACUAUGAGGAAGAGGAGGAAGAGCUGGGAGAGGAGGGACUAGGCCCGGCGGGCCGGGCCCGGUUGGGCACCAGCUCCCUGCUCCCUCGGAAGACACCGGCACCCCAGCCCUUCCUGGGGGAUGCAUCCCGGUUGCUGGGGGGCCCAGAUCGCUUGGCUCCAGGACUCACCCACCCAGGCACCUCUCAGCUCCCACCUCAGCCACAACCCCCUGACCACGGCGACUGGACGUAUGAAGAACAGUUCAAACAGCUGUAUGAACUGGACGGGGACCCCAAGAGGAAGGAAUUCCUGGAUGACCUCUUCAGUUUCAUGCAGAAACGAGGGACCCCGGUGAAUCGGAUCCCCAUCAUGGCAAAGCAGGUCCUGGAUUUGUACAUGCUAUACGUGUUGGUGACCGAGAAGGGUGGCCUGGUAGAGGUGAUCAACAAGAAACUAUGGCGAGAGAUCACCAAGGGCCUCAGCCUGCCCACCUCCAUCACCAGCGCUGCCUUUACCCUACGGACGCAAUACAUGAAAUACCUGUAUCCCUAUGAAUGUGAGAAACGUGGGUUGAGCAACCCCAGCGAGUUACAGGCCGCCAUCGACAGCAACCGGCGGGAGGGCCGCCGACAGGGCUUCGGGGGCACCCUCUUUGCCUACUCCCCAGGAGGAGCCCACAGCAUGCUGUCCUCCCCCAAGCUGCAGGUGACCCCCCUGGGACUGCCAGCCAGUAGCAACGGAGGAGCUAUCGCCCCAACCCAGAAGAUCAAAAAAGAGGAGGACUCUUCCAUCCCCAUCACGGUGCCUAGCCGCCUACCUGUCUCCCUGGCAGGCCACUCUGUGGUGGCGGCCCAGGCGGCAGCCGUGCAGGCAGCCGCAGCCCAGGCGGCUGUGGUGGCCCAGGCGGCUGCCCUGGAACAGCUGCGGGAGAAGCUAGAGUCUGGGGAACCCCCGGAGAAGAAGAUGGUCCUGGUGGCAGAUGAGCAACAGAGGCUGAUGCAGCGAGCUUUGCAGCAAAACCUCCUGGCCAUGAGUGCCCAGCUGCCCAUGAGCAUCCGCAUCAACAGUCAAGCAUCAGAGAACCGCCAAGACUCAGCCAUGAACCUAGCCAGCACCAAUGGCACCAAUAGUAUUAGCAUGUCCGUGGAAAUCAACGGGAUCAUGUAUACAGGGGUGUUGUUUGCUCAGCCUCCGGGCACACCGGCCACUGCCCCAGCCUCCACUCACAACAAAGGUGGCAACAGCAGCAGCAGCAGUAACAACAGCAGCAGCAGCCGGGGUGCGUCUGGUGGAGGGGCUGGCGGCGGCGGAGGCAGCAGCAACAGCAGCAGCAACAGUAGCGGGGGAGGCAGCAGUGGAGGAGGCCCUCAAGCUGGGGCAGCGGGUCUGUCUGUCCCUCCAGCUUCUACCUCGAAUAACUCUUUGCCUUAAGCCGCCAAGGGGGCUUAGCCUGCCCCUCCCCUCUCUCUCUUGCUCUCUUUCUCACCCACAUGCUGAGCCUGCUGGACUGGGGGUGGGAAAGGGGGGCCCCAGGAGGGGAGUGAGCAAGGGAGGAAUGGGGCGGGAGAGAAUAUUCCAGGGAAGGGAGAUGGAAAACAGGGAGAUCAAGCGGACACCCCAAGACAGAUACACACAUAACAGGAAAUCUAUAAAGAGAAUUGAAUAAAACCAGGGGAAAAUAGAAGGAACACUUGAAUUUCUCCGGGUUUCGGACCCUCCAAGAGAUGGAGCAUCAGGAGAAAGAGAAGGGGAAAUAGGGAGAGGAGAACACAAAUGAGACUUUUCCCAGUGGCUUUAUUGUAAUCCCCAAGGGACUGAGCUAGGUCCGUGGGGGUUCAGGUUUUUAUCAGUUGCUUUGUCGAUUCAACACUGUUUACCUCACAUACCCUGCACUCUUUUUAUAAUUUCUGCUGUCAUUGACCCCACGUUCACCAUGCCCAGCUCCUUGGUUCCACAGUAAGCCCUGAGCCUAGAGGAGAGAAGUCUU